UUUUAAGUAUAUUUAAAUUAUGCAAGCGAGUAAUAACCUAAUCAUGAUUAAUCAAAAUGCAGACGUGUGAUUAAUCUAAUUUUUUUUUAAAAAGCUAUGAUUUGACAGCACUAAUGUGUUCAUUUGUGAUUGCCUUCCACGGAUAAAUUCAAAAGGCCACAAAUUCCUUUUGUCAUGAACACAAAGCCAUUAUUAUGGGACAGGUGUCAAUGUGGCUUGUCGUUGUAACUCUGUCCAGUAGGUGGCGUCAUAACUGCUUCAACACAGCCUGCCAGGGAAUGUCUUGUCAAUUUAGCGGCUUUUCAGACCCCUCUAGAUUCAGUUUUUCAGAAAAGCCACCAGGAACAAGUCCAGCGAAUUUUUUCUGUCGUUAUUAGACAAUUUUGGAGAUUAAAAUGAAAGCGUGUCAACGUGGAGCAUGUAGGAGACUUCAUGUUGAUUAGAAAACACAAAAAGAAAGAUGGUUUGUAUACAUAUUGUUUUGCUUUCCAUGCAUCAUGGCCAAACAUGCAAAUGAGAACAAAUUCAAUGGCAAAAUGACAUUAAAGUCCCCUCAGAAACUCCCAUUAUUGUGAGUUUGUACAUAGAAACAGUGGAAAAUAACAGGGACUGUUUGAUAUUCUGUAGACAUACAAGAGCUUCUAGAGUUCCUAUUUCUUCAAUGUUUGUGUUUACCACCACGAUAAUCCUUUUACCUGCUCCGAAGGUCACUGAUAAUGGUGCUUAAUCCCACUUUGUGAGCCCCUGCAGUGAAAUGAUGGGCUAUAACAGGGAAGAAAGCCUUUGGAAAAUACUCCAGGUUCACCAAGCACAGAGUCGCCAUGAAACCCUGUCCGGUCCUAGUCCUGUGGCUGCUGCUUGUGCUACCACAGAGCCACAGUCAGCACUGGUCUUAUGGACUGAGCCCAGGAGGAAAGCGAGGACUGGACGACUGUUUGGACCAGCACAUCAAUGUGCCUAAUGGCUUCCUGCAGCUGGACAAGCCUUGCAGAGUUUUGGCUUGUGGAGCUUUGUCAGCUUUAGCCACAAUUUGCCGGCUGAAAGGACUUCAUGGAGAUGUGGCUGACAGGAAAACUGAACGCAGGACUUUUAAGAUCAUUUGAUUGAAUUGCACAUGAAACAGUCUUACUGGCAUGUGCGGAUACGUGUUAGUUUUGUUUUAUUUACAAUGCAGAUUGUCUUUUUUGUCAGUACAGUCUGGGAAGCAAAGGUUUACACAUUGACUUCACACUGGUGUUUUGUGUUUGGCUCUGAAAGCAUGUAUCUUAAACGUCAAUAUCUUUAUUAAGUCAGUGGGGCUGAGAGAAGAAGGCAUGUACUUUCCUGCUUGUGGACAAAUAAACUCUUCAUUCCUACCUUUCAGAUAUUGAUCCGCUCCCACCUUCAAUUUAUCUUCCUUAAUUUGUCUUCCGAGCCUCACUUUCAUUCAUCUUGUCUGAUUUCCUUCCUUAAUCUCUCCAUCGCUUCACUCUCCUCGCUGUUUAUCUCCAUUCUAAUCCCAUCUGCGUUUGUUCUUCCACUUCUUAGUGUGCAUCCUCGCCUCUCCGUCCAUCUUUUAUUUUCUUUUUGAACAUUUCUGCCCCCAGUUUGAUGUUGUGCUUUAUUAAUCAUUUGAUCUUUCUUUGAUGGCAGAUGUAAGACCUUUCCCCAUCCAUCUCCCUCCACCUCAACCCCACCCACUCCUUCUCACAUGCUGGCAAGUAAGAGCUUUUAUUCUCAGCAUCCCUUCUUUUACAAGGCAUUCAUCCUUACAUUUAUCAUUUUUGAAUAGGAAAAGCCCCAUUUACUGCUCUUUAAUUCUCCAUCUUGCAGACCUCUUUUCCGUGUGGGUUUUAACCAAACAUUAUCAAAUAUUUGUUGGGAAAAACUACACAGCGAGGCACCGUAUUUGAUACAUUAAGAAUGAAAUCAUAUGCAUAAGUAAUUAUUUUGUAACUAACCACUAGAUGGCGGUAGAAAACCACUUGAAAUGACUCCUUUGUCUUUCACUUGCCAU